GUACGCAGGACCCGGAAGUAGAUAUCCCGGCACGGGAAGCAGUUUUCUGACACAGGAAGUGCGUGUACAGCUAUCAUGGCGGUGGCCCUAGUGGCGUUAAGGACGAGGACAGCUGCCCUGCUGAAUCCCCCUCAGGCAGCUGCUCUUGCUGUUAGAUAUGCAUCCAAGAAGACAGGUGGCAGCUCCAAAAACCAUGGUGGAAAGUCACCAGGCAAACACUUUGGCAUAAAGAAAUUAGAGGGUCACUACGUUCACGCUGGCAACAUCCUUGCUACUCAGCGCCACUUUCGCUGGCACCCAGGUGCCCAUGUGGGAUUGGGGAAGAACAAGUGCCUGUAUGCCCUGGAGGAGGGCAUAGUCCGCUACACCAAGGAGGUUUAUGUGCCCAAUCCCAGCAAUUCGGAGGCUGUAGAUCUGGUUACCAAGCUACCCAGGGGCGCUGUGCUCUACAAGACGUUUGUCCAUGUGGUUCCUGCCAAACCUGAGGGCACCUUCAAACUGGUGUCUAUGCUCUAAGCUUCCAGUGGAGGCCAUCAGACAGUGAGACUGCAGCCUGGGUGACAGCAGAGUGGAACUAGAAGAAGCCAAAGGUUGAGAAUAUCAACUAGCCAUCCUGAGGAAGAGAAACCCAGUGGUGGCUGCAGAAGAUUCUGUGAUGAGGUGACUGACUGGGAAACACUUUGGGAGGAUUGAUUUGGGACCCACAAUAAACUUAACUGGAAUCCUGAA